AACGGAACAGCGUACAACAAACAUGAUCUGGCGCUAAUAUGGAUGUCAUGGUUGGUAUCUAAUAUUAAGCAUACUGAUUGUCAAUGUCGUUUAUUCUCUUGUUUGUUUCGGAAUCAGACGGCGGCUAUUCAGCUACUUUAUAAAAGACAACAUAGACAACAUAGACGGAUAAACAGAUAACUAAAUCGAAAUGAACAAACUCAACCUCCUCAGUCUCGAUGGCGGGGGCAUUCGCGGAAUCUCAACACUCCACAUUCUCAAGCAGAUCCUAGAAAGUGUCGAUCGCGAUAAGCCACCCAAACCAUGCGAGUAUUUUGAUAUGAUUGGGGGGAGUGGAUCGGGAGGGGUAAUUGCACUCCUCCUAGGGCGGCUUAGACUAGGCAUUGAUGAGUGUAUUGGUGUAUAUCGCAGACUGAUGGAGGUGUUCAGACGGAGGGAAAGCUUGUUUGGUCUUCGAAGACCAAAAUAUAGCAGUAAGAAGCUUGAGCAGGAUCUCAAGGUUAUACUGCUUGAGAUUGGGUAUCAUGAGGAUAUGCUGCUUCAUGAUCUUGAUACUUCGUGCAGGGUACUCACCUGCAUCACCGAUAAAACCACCAGAAAAGCAAUGCUUCUAACUACCUAUACUAAUCAACGCAACCCUGUCCGACUCCUCGACGCCCUCCAAGCAAACAUAUCCCAUCCAUCUCUCUUCCCCAGCUCACAUAAUGCCCUUCCCCUCAUUCCCAGCGAAGAAACCACCAAUCCCACCCACCUCCUCUACACAGAAGCCGCCAAUAUCUUUCCCUCCUUAAAAACCAACCUAAACUGCCUCAUCUCCAUCGGAACCGGCGUCCCAUCCACAACAACGAAACCAAAUUCAAAAUCCUCCAAACAAAAUGCAAACCAUGCAAUGUCAAUAAACGCAGAAGCAACCGCCGAAGGCUUUAUCCGCCAAUACACCGAACUAGAUGACGAAAACCGAUAUUUCAGAUUCAGCGUACCGAAUGGCAUUGCAGAGAUUGGUCUAGACAAGGUCGAUGAGAUGGGCUGUGUUGUACACGCGACAAGGGACUACAUGGGGCGGGAACUCGUGCAUAAGUAUUUCUUACGAUGUGCUGAUGCAUUAAGGAAGAGGGAAGAUACUGGCGACGGCGAUGCUAUAUUGCCCAGUGAGACAUUCUCACCUGCUACAGUGUAUCCGGUAUUUUCGCAGUGGAUAAACCAUGAGAAUACAAAACUCGACACGAUUGUAGAAGAUCAAAGCGAUUCGCCUGCAGAUGCUCAGGCCGAGCCUCCAUCUGAAAACAGGCAUAGAUCAAUUAUCCGGAGAUAUUUCUGGCGCUUCUGA